GACAUCCAUCAGACACUAUACGCUUCUUUCACCACUAUAUUUUGGCAACAUGUGCAAACUCACUCUAACUGCAGGUCUCUGUUUGAUCAUCGCCAGCUUGGGUUAUCCUGGCCUCACGGAUACAGCUGCAGUGCCGCCAAACCCUUGUGAUGGAGGGAUCAGUGGGCUAUACCCCAACCCUGCUGACCCACAUUCUUUUUACAAUUGUGGUAAUGGAAUAGCCUACCUCCAAAACUGCCCAUCAAAUCUGGUCUUUGACCCAACAUGCAGCUGCUGUAACUAUCCCCCUGUGACCACAACCACCAAUCCGACACCAAUUGAUAACUUCUGUAAUGGAAAGAACAAUGGGCAAUACACUAACCCUACUGCCCCAAAUUAUUUUUACAAUUGUUGGGAUGGAAAUACCUACCUCCAAAACUGCCCAUUAAAUCUGGUCUUUAACCAAACAUGCAGCUGCUGUGACUAUCCCCCAAACAGCAAUGCUAAGUGAUAAGUAACUUCUGUGAUGGAAAGAAAGGGAACGUAUGCAGUUAAAACCCGAGGACAGGAAUAAUUUCUAUGUCUAUAAGGUGGCAAUACAUAUUCAUAUUAACACAAAGGAGACAUUGUCAAAGGUGUUAUAUACUUUCUUCGGAUUUUUCACUUUUGAGUUUAAUUUUGAAAAUAGGGGUGUAACGCUAAACACAAUUCACGGUAUCUCACUAUAUUGUAUGUUUGUGUUCAUAUUUGUUUAUAUUUAAUCAUUGCAUGAUUGGAUUUGUCUUACAUUAUGACACAGAUGUUGCAUAUUUCAUACAUGUAUAUGCUGUGUGUCUAAAUGUAAAU